AUGGAGCUGUCGCCGUUGCCGCCGCCACGACUGCUGCGUGCAAGCAGGAUCGACAGUGGCGGGCGCUCAGAAGCACUAAGGCACCUGGACCACAUCGGCUUCAAUGAUCUGCGCACCUACUUCUACAUGCCAUUCAACAGGGCCGCGACGACGAUGAAGGUCAGGCUAACCGUGCUCAAGCAAUGCAGCCACGAGCUCGUGGAUGCAAUCAUGGCUGCGCAUUUCCCCUGCAUGCAAUCAUGGCUGCGAGCGGCUGCGUGCGUGCCGGAGAUGGCGAACCACCCGUGGAAGCCGAAUGAUCAACUGGUGCUGGAGCACAAGAUCAAUGAGCUGAAGAGGUACCGCGAGCUCAUAGAGGAGAACCCGUCGAUGGAGCUACCGGACCGGACCAAGAAGCUGAGGAAGACGUGCAACAACAGGCUGAGGAAGACGCGCAACAACAGGAGGAGGGCGGCAGGAAGCAACCAUGGCUGCUGA